AUGAUAGCAAUGUUGAUAACAAAGCCACCGAAUCUACUGCUGUAGAUUCCGAAGCCAAAAUGGAGAUCUCUAGUAAGGUGUCUGAAAAAAAGAAAACCAAGAAAAACGAAGAUAAAAAGAAAAAGAAAAAAAAGGAUGACACGUCAGAAUCGUCCGACUCCUCAAGUGAUAGUGAUGAUGAUUCCGAAGAAGAUAAUAAGAAUGAAAUCAAAAAUGAAAAUAAAAAGGAAAAUAAAAAGGAAAAUAAAAAUGAGAUCAAAAAUGAGAACAAAAGUGAGAUCAAAAGUGAGAACAAAAAUGAGAACAAAAGUGAGAACAAAAAUGAGAACAAAAGUGAGAACAAAAAUGAGAACAAAAAGGAAAAUAAAAAAGAAGUAAAAAAAGAUGAUUCAUCUUCAGAUUCUGAUUCAAGCUCAGAUUCGGAUGAUUCAGAUGACUCCGAUUCAGAUGAAGUAGAAGAAAAAAAAGUGAAAGAAAGUGAUAAGGUAGUUAAACCAAGUAAUAAUACUCAUAAGGUUGUAGAAAAGAAGAAGGCUGAAACCAAAUCCGAUUCGGACUCAGAUUCAGACUCAGAUUCUGAUUCGGAUUCAGACUCUGAUUCAGAUGAUGAUGAUGAUGAAGAAAAAGACGAGAAAAAAGAAACUGGAAAAAAUAAAGAAGAAGUAACAAAGAAAAAAGAAGGAGCAAAAGCAAAUUCCGAUUCAGAUUCAGAUUCUGAUUCUGAUUCUGACACGGACUCAGAUUCAGACUCAGACUCAGAUUCUGAUGAAUCUAAAGAACAAAAAGAUGAUGAUAAACUAAAGACAAAUAAAGGAAAGAGUACACACAAUUUAAAAGUGACAGAAGAGAAAAACGAUUUGAAUGGUGUUGAAGGAAAAAACAAAAGGAAGAAUAUAAAUGUAGAAGAAAACAAAAAGGGUAAAAAUAAGAAGCAAAAAUUAAGUAAUAAUGUAGAGACUGAUAAUAUGAAUGAGAAUAAUAUGAAUUUCCAAGAUGAUGGAAAUUUUGGAAAUGAAAAAGGAGAAUAUAUAUUGACUAUGUUAAAUAUUAGUCGAGAAACUACAGAUGAAGAUAUUCGUAGCUUAUUAAAAGACCAUUUAGAUACAGAUUAUAGUGAGGACACUAUAUAUAUACAUAUAAAUAUGUAUAAUAAUAGUGCAUAUAUAUAUUGUUGUGAAGAAAAAGUAAAAAAUAAACUUUUAUCAAUGAAUAAUCAAAAAUUUAAUGGGGUACCUGUGAAUUUUCUAGAUAAUCCACAUAUAGAUAAAAAGAUAAUAUUACAUCAUACUAGUAAAGAUACAUCACAACAGGAUAUAAGAAAUAUGUUUGAACAAUAUGGAUAUGUUGUUGAAGUGUUCUUUCCUAAGACAUAUCCAAAGGUAUUUGUACGUUUUGAUAAUUUACAGAGUUGUAUUAAAGCAUUAGAACAAGAUGGUUGUCUUUUAAAAGAUAAAUUUAUACAAGUAACUUUAGCUUUAAAUAAUUCUAUGCAGGAUAAUAACAAAAGAAACUCCAUGCAUAAUAAUAAUGGAAUGAAUAAAAAUAGAGGAGGAGGAAAUAAAGGAUUCUUCGGAAAAAAAUUUAGUAGCAACUCAAAUAAUUAUAAUAACAACAAUAACAAUGGAAAUAAUUAUAAUAAUAACAAUAAUAACAAUAAUAAUAACGGCAAUAAUAAUUUCAAUAAAAAUAACAAGAAAAAAUUCUCCAAACCAUUCAAUAAUUUUAAAAACAAAAAAAGUUUUAAUUAA